AUGCCCCUCCAGCCCGUCAACCAAGGCCAGGCGCCGAGUGGGCACCGCCUCGGUCAACCUCAUGAGCAGAUCCCGCAUCACCAUCACGCCAGCCACCGCCCCCGCGACCCGCGUCCGCCGGUCCCGAUCGACCGCGACAACUACCACCGCGUUCAGCCCGGUCCCCCCGUGCCCCAACCCCGCCGGCUCACCGUCGAACUGAUCCUCGAGAAGCACGGCGGGCGCGUCGCCGUGGUUUGCCGUCAGGGCUACGACGAAGCUGUCGCCGCCGUCUGCCGAUCCAUCCCGGGCGCCUCGUACGACGGCAAUGCGUACCCGCGGCGAUGGACCGUGCCCGAGAGCGCCGUCACCGACGUCUCCCGCGCGCUCAAGUCCGCGCGGGACGUCACGGUCGAGGUGAUCGCGCCGGUGCCGAUGGUCCUUCGAGCGCUCGCGAACAUGACCCCGCUGGAGCGCGCGGUGGAGAGGGCGUACGCGCGCGUCCCGGAGUCGCUCCGAACGCGGAUGUUCCCGUUCCAAAUCGAGGGCGUCAAGUACGGCUUAUCUCGCGGCGGCAGGGUGCUCAUCGGCGAUCAGAUGGGUCUGGGCAAGACGGUGCAGGCGCUCGCGCUCAUCUCCUGCUACCGAGAGGAGUGGCCGUGUCUGAUUUUGGUGCCCACGUCGUUGAGGGACGCGUGGCACGAGGCGCUGCGUCGGUGGCUCGACGUCCGACCCGGCCUCAUCGCGUCGGUGGGCUCGGGCGCCGAGGCGCAUAAGAUCAACGCCGCGACGUUCGCCAUCGUGCCGUACUCGCUCGUGGGGAAGAUGCAGGGCAAACUGGCGGCGAGGAACUUCCAGGUUGUCGUGUGCGACGAGUCGCACUUCAUCAAGGACGCCAAGGCGCAGCGGACCAAGGCGGUGGUCCCGUUGCUCAAAGCCGCGAGGCGAGCCAUCUGCCUCACGGGCACCCCGGCGCUGAGCAGACCGGUGGAGCUGUACUCUCAGGUGGAGGCGCUCCGGCCGAACGUCUUCACCAAGUUCACGGAGUUUGCGCAGAGGUACUGUUCGGGGUCGAGGUUCGGAUGGCAGGGGUGCGAGAACCCGGACGAGCUCUACGCGAUAAUUUCGCGGCUCGUCAUGGUGCGCAGGCUCAAGCGCGAUGUUUUGACGCAGCUCCCGCCCAAGCGAAGGGAGCAGGUGUACAUAGCGCUGGAUAAGAAAACCGAGGCGUACAGGGAGAUGAAGGCGGUCCAGGAGCAGCUGCAGCGGCUGAGGGACCACGCCAAGGACAACGGGCUCCUGCUGGGCGCCGGCGGCGACGGCAAGAUGAACGUCGAGGAGAAGCGUUUGAUGAACGCGUAUUACGUGGCGAGCGCAAAGGCGAAGGCGACUUCGGUGCAGGAUUACCUGGAGACUCUGCUGGACGGCAGCGGCGCGGGGGAUAAGUUCCUGUUCUUCGCGCACCACAAGGAGCUCCUGGACGCGGCGAGCACCGUCCUGCGCAAGCGAAAGACGCAGUUUAUUCGCAUCGACGGAACGACGCCCACGACCGAGCGCGGCGGUUUGGUGCAGCAGUUUCAAACCGUGGACGCCAUCAAGGUUGCGGUUUUAUCGAUCAAGGCUGCCGGCAUGGGCCUCACGCUGACCGCGGCGUCCACCGUGGUGUUCGGCGAGCUGUCGUGGACCCCGGGCGACAUCGUGCAGGCGGAGGACAGGGCGCACAGGAUCGGCCAGGCUUCGUCGGUGCUCGUGCAGUUUCUUCACGCGAAAAAUUCCGUCGACGACGUGAUGUGGGGCAGCGUGCAGAACAAGCUGGAGAACCUGGGACAGGUGCUCGACGGCCAUAUGGGGGACCACCUGGAGAUUCACGACGAUCAGACGCACAGGGCAAAGUACAGGCCGCCGGCAGGGCCGGACAGGAGCCCCGGGGGCGGGCCGUUGCGAACGCAAACAAACUUUCCGAACUUAUUUGGCGCAAACGGUUUGGCGCAACGGACGCAAGGGACGCUGGAUCGCUUCGUCGCGAGGUCCGGGUCACAGGACACGGGUUCGGCGGAGCUCAAGCGCGGCGGUGGGCGGGAACGGGAGGGGAACGAGGACGCCGGCAAGCGUCCGAGGCUUUGA